CAUUUUCUUUCUUUUAGAGAACAGAAAAUCUAUCCCGCCCUCCUUCGGUUCCAAUUCUCCUUUACCUGAUUCGACGAGGGCCUUCUCUGAGGUCUCGACUCGGCGAUCAUGUCAAACCAGCAGGUGGGCACGGUGUUCGAUCGAGUCAUCCAGGAGGUUUGUGAUGGCUCCCAGGUGGACUUUGAAGAGAGUGGAGUGGACCAGCAGACACUGAUAGACCUGCGGAACAGUUGGCAGAAAAAGCUCUCCUCCGUGGGCGUCGCUCACUUCCCUUGGGACCCUCCCCCACCGCAGCCCGCUCCUCCCCAGACUCAAAGCAUCCUCCCUCCUACAGCAACCGUACCUUCCAAUGCUCCUCGGCCUGGUCCUCCCCCUCAGAUUCAACAUCAACAUGUCCCUCCUCCCCCUCCCCAACAACAACCCCUCCCGCAGUCCGUCCCUGGUCCAGGACCCCCGCUGCAAACUCCUGCUCCUAUCGGAGCCGCUCCCGGUGCCAUGGGUCAGCCGCCGCAGCACAUUAAGGUUGAACCUGGCCAGCCUGGAAUGAUCCCCAUGAACAAUAUGAUGAUGCCCAAUGCCCCGAACAGCCAGUCGGCCCAGGAACGUGCUGCCCAUAUGCUUCGUCAGCGAUACGGCGCUGCUGCCGCCAGCUCGGUCAGCCAGCUGCAGGCGCAGUCACAAGGUAUGGGAGUGCCGGGCCAGCAACGUCCCCCAAAUAUGCAGAAUGUUCCAAAUGGCCAGGCUCCCCAGAUCAAGCAAGAACCCGGCUACCCGCCUGUGUCCCAGCCCCCUGUAGGGAACGCUCAAACUGAUGGUGCCGGCGAUGACGCACUGUCUGCAUGGAAGGCAGAGGUUGCACGAAGACGGGAGGCUGCUGAACGCCAGGGUGGAGAAGGCGACCGCAUUCUUCGCGAACACCUGCAGCAACGUAUGCGCCAGCUCGAGGGAGGUGGUCUUAUGCUGCCCCUGAGCGAGCAGAACCCACCCAAGGCUUCGACACGUGGGCUCCUGGCCACCCAGGAAGAACCAAAUCCGGCACAGCCUCCCAAAAUCCCUGGUGCUCAAUUCGAUGGCCCGGGAGGCGAUGAUGAAAAUGACGAGGAUGACGAGGACGCUAUUAACUCUGACCUUGACGACCCGGAUGACCUUGUCGCCGAGGACCAUGACGCCGAGGACGCCGUAGGCCAAGUCAUGCUUUGUACCUAUGACAAGGUGCAGCGCGUCAAAAACAAGUGGAAGUGCACACUCAAGGACGGCAUUCUGACUACUGGAGGCAAAGAAUACGUCUUUCACAAAGGUCAAGGAGAAUUUGAGUGGUAGACGGAACGUCAAAGAACCGCUCAACUCAAACUCGAGCUUUGAAUCCCCCUCUUCCCAUUUCUUCCCAUUUCAUUCUCCAAUCUACCACAUGUUUCUUAUCUGGUCUUUAUCUACUUCCAACCUGUAA